ACACACGUAACGCACGUUUUCUUCUCGCCUUUUGCGGCCCAGAAUCCCCUCCUCUUUCUCAAUCCCCCCCCAUUUAUUGGAGCCCGUGUGUCGUCGCUGUUUCUCGCGACUGAAGAAACGAGGGUUUUCUUAAUUUUCAUUUUUUUACUUCAACGACAGGUGUUCUCGCGCCAAUCCGUCAUCACCGUCCAUCGACCCGGCCGACGAAUCUGCGAGUCAUCCAUCGCUCCGAUCCGCAUCAGUUCCAACUCGACAGUCAUUCCUUUAAUUCACCCUCCGUUACGAUGCCUCAGUACACCUCUCGUGAUGUCGGCGACCCGACUCAGAUUAAGAAGACGAAGCAGUCAAUGGCAGACCUGAAGCUGAGGCGCCUAACGGAGCUCAACAACAGACUACGUGAGGACCUGGACCGGGAACGCAUUCCCGUCAGCACCGCCUCCAAGAGCAUCAUUGCGUACUGCAAUGGCACAAGAGAUUAUAUGGUCCCGUCGGUAUGGGGCACAGUACCAAAGGGCGAGGAUCCCUAUGCGCCUCAGCAAUCCGGCGGCUGCUGUGUCGUCAUGUAAUUGCGUUUUCCGACGUGUGGAGGGACGACCAUCGAUGAUGAAGGAGCUACUGGCGUGGGAUCGCUUUGAUUUUUUUUUCUCCCUUGGUGUGUGACCAAGGGCCUUCUUCUUUCUCUCUCUCUUUGAUUUUACAACGCAAUGCCUACGCAGCUGGAAACAGGCAGCGAGCAAACGACUUGUCACGCCGACACACCAUCCAAAACAAUAAACACCUGGUCCGGAAGCCUUUUAUGAGAAACUAGAACGGGACUCUGAGCUGGAUCGACACAGUCUCAAUGAUUAUAUCAAUGCUAUGCAGGGAAGAGGAGAAGACGAGGGGAACGAGGUAACCGAUGGGGGCGGCAAAGGGUGGUUGUGACCGAGGACAGCCCCUCACAAUCUCCUCUUUUCUACGAGUUAUUUUUCCUUUUUUUUUUCCUCCUUUUUCUUUUCAGCUCUCUUACUUUUUAAUAAAGCAGUCGAGCGGUUUUUUUCCAUCGAGGCAGGCGAUGGAUGGGAGUGGGAGGGACAGAAGGGGACGAGAGAUAUCCAGACAAAGGGGUCUACUGUUGGUUUUCCUGGGAAAGCCGGCUCCUUUUAGCAUGUAUUAAUUUCUGAUUUCUCUAUGGUUCCUUUUUUGUUCAGUCGAUGCCCGCCCUGUACGCCUGUUGCCUAUUUUAUCCUUAUCUGUGGGCUUCUACGUUCAUUUUGCGCGUUGGAGGCGGUUGUUGCGGUGAGGGAGAGGUGCUUUGGUGGUGGAUCGUUGGGGA